AUGGCGGAUUGGCUAUUUGAAAUGCACCCCCAUGAUAUGGCCAGUACCAAUUUAGUCGGUAAAUUUACACAAAGCGUACGCCGGAUCGUUCAAGACGUCAAAGACGAGGGCACUUCCAGCGGGCAGACUAAGGAAGAGGUAAUCGAGACUAAUGAAAGACUCCGUGUUGUCCGCGUCCGUCUCGAUGAAAACUACGACACUGCGAAGAAAGCUCUUAUAACGCUUAUGACGCGAUACAAUGAGUCCAAGGCUGAAAGGAACGUAUUUACGCGGUACGCUCUACUCAAGGCAAUGAUCAAGGAUGUCAUUCGUCUAGAGACUCAGUACUGGUCUCUUGUUGAAAUUCCGAAGCAAGAAAAGGCGGAGACAGUGCCUGCGUUCGUACUGCGAGCCUGCGCUAUCAUGGAAAAGACACAGAAGUCUGGGGAGGGUGUCAAGACGUCUUCCAAGCUUGCUGAAGAAGCAGCCGAUAGAAGGGAGCGGAUAGAACGACUGAAUGACAUGACGACAUCUCAAAUAGAAACUGAGAACACGCAAAUGACAAAUGAUUUAUAUCGUUUGCUUAAGAAGUACACAGGCUUAAGGAAUCUUAUCAGAGAACUUAAGUCGGAGUACGUCAGCUCGAAGAUUUAUCCGAUGUUUCCGCGGUACACUAUGCUGAAGGACAUGAUAAAGGACAUAAUGCACGACCCUGACUACAUGGAGGUAUGCCACGAGGUGGACCCUUAGCGCGGGGUGCGCAAAUAAAUGAGGGCCUCCUUCACCGACCGCUCGCGGUCGAGACGUCGCUAGCUGAGUUAUCCUCGGAAUCCCUCUGAGGAUACAGGUUGAAAUUCCUUUGCCACUUUCGGAUUAAGCGGGCUAUAUGUUUGUCAGCUUCAUUGCGAAAUAUUUCGUCAUGUUUUUUUUUCUCGUUAAAUUUCAAUAUUUAAAGUCUA